GGGAUUCUUGUAUUUCCUUAGGUACAACAUUGAUCCUAGCUUGUACUGUCCAUUUUUCUCUCUUGGGGCAUGCAUGGAAGGUUUGAACUCUUUGUUCAGUCAGCUGUUAGGAAUCUCCCUUUAUGCUGAGCAGACAAAGAGAGGAGAGAUUUGGUCUGAAGAUGUUCGAAAGUUGGCUGUUGUUCAUGAAACUGAAGGUUUGCUAGGAUACAUCUAUUGUGACUUCUUUCAACGACCUGAUAAACCACAUCAGGAUUGUCACUUUACAGUUCGAGGAGGAAGGCUAAGGGAAAAUGGAGAGUACCAGCUACCUGUUGUUGUUCUUAUGCUUAGCCUUCCCCAUUCAGCAAGGGGUGCACCAACACUAUUAAGUCCUGGCAUGAUGGAGAAUCUCUUCCAUGAAAUGGGACAUGCUAUGCAUUCUAUGCUGGGAAGAACUCGGUACCAGCAUGUCACUGGGACCAGAUGUCCUACUGAUUUUGCUGAAGUUCCCUCAAUUCUGAUGGAGUACUUUGCAAAUGACUAUCGAGUGGUUAACCAGUUUGCAAGGCAUUAUAAAACAGGACAGCCACUACCCAAAAACAUGGUGUCAAGACUGUGUGAGUCCAAAAAGGUGUGUGCUGCAGCUGAUAUGCAACUCCAGCUAAAUGUCUAAAUCUGUAGGAAAAUA